GGUGGAUGGGCGGAGCAGCAAGCAUGCGCUGAGCUGGCAGCGUCGGGGCUAGUCCGCUGCGCGCGACGAGAGGGAGACACGGGCAGGCUCGGGUCCGGGUGCUGUCUGUGUUCAGACGGCCGCAGGGAGACCACCGCACCACUCACCGUCUCCUUUCGGGCGACGGCGAGCAGGGAAAAGAGCGAGAGGCAGAGAGCGAAAACGAGAGGCCAGAUAAACACCGCUGGAAAACAACUGGCCUGACUUGCAUCUGGAAACGAAGCUAAGAAGGGGACCCCACUUCCGACAUCGCUCUCUAUCGCUCAGCGCACCCUUUCUCACUCCCUCGAGGACGACCACCCAACUGAACCCCCCCUCACUUGACUAGCGUUGCCAAUAAGCGAUGCACCUUGAAACCGAGAAUAAAUCGUGAUUUUGGUACAUUUGGCACCCACACGUCAAAAUAUUCUCGUAAUUUCUGCCUGUAUCAAAACUACAGAUAGUAUUUGAGCGUUUACAUUUAAAACGGGUUUCUGAAUGCGAAAAAUAAUAUUUUUUCCUGCUGGAAACAAACAUCUUUUUUAUUCGUUAUCUGUUUGAGGAGGAACCGUCGCUGAGAUUCGCCCGAGUCUCCCUUUUGCAUGCACUCUUGGUUUCUUUUUAAGUUCUGUUGCAGAAUUUUAUUUCGACAAUGGUCAAACAAUCGACUGCUUUACUCGACACCUAAUUUAAAACAACCUGUCCGUGUUUGCGACAUUUUCCCCCUGUAACCUCGAAGGUUACGGACUUUUCAAGACACAGAAAAGGACCUCGUUUGCUGGGUGGUUUACCACAGAAGGAAUUCGCACACAGACUGAACGGAAAGUUUACCCCCAAGAAGGAAAAAAAGUAGAGGACACCUCGACCACAUUCACGGGAUUUUUCCUGAGGUGGGCGGCGCCCUCCCCUGGGCCUUGUGCUGCAGCCAUGCUGUCCCUGGACGAGCCGCUGGACCUGAAGCUCCCCCGCGGGCGUGGCGGCGGGCGGGACCGGGUGGCCCGCACCCCCCCUGCUCUCACCCCCUCCCCGCUGCUCGCCAAACGCGCCAGGCAGCUGCGCAUGGCGGACGACGGCACGGCCGUCAUCGUGCCCGCCUCCCCGGCCUCCCCCCACACAGGUGUACCUGUGCUCCCCCAGGAGAAACCAGAGCCCCGGACCCCCCCAGCUAUUGACCUCAGCAUGUCCCCCUCCUCCCGCCACGCCCCCUCCCCCCCGGAACAGUCCAACGGGCACGGGGUGACCCAGCUCCUCUCAGGGGACUCGGCUCACAUUCGCUACGUGGAGGGCGGGGCCUCUUCGCAGGCCUUUCAGUUCUUCCUGCCAAUCGGAGCGGGGGGCGGGCUCCACCUGCCGCCCUCCAUGUUCAUUGGCCCGCCCAAGGAGAAGCGGGCGUCGCCCGAGCUGUCGGCGGACGAGCAGCUGGCCUGCCGCUGGAGGAAGUGCCACCUGCUCUUCGACUCCCUCCAGGACCUGGUGGACCAUGUCAACGACUUCCACGUAAAGCCUGAAAAGGAUUCUGGGUACUGCUGCCACUGGGAGGGAUGUGCACGAAAAGGGCGGGGCUUCAAUGCCAGGUAUAAGAUGCUGAUCCACAUCCGCACUCACACCAAUGAGAAGCCUCACCGCUGCCCCACCUGCAACAAGAGCUUCUCCCGCCUGGAGAACCUCAAGAUACACAACCGCUCACACACAGGAGAGAAGCCGUACAUCUGUCCGUACGAGGGCUGCAGCAAGCGCUACUCCAACUCCAGCGACCGCUUCAAGCACACGCGCACGCACUACGUGGACAAGCCGUACUGCUGCAAGAUGGCGGGCUGCCUGAAGCGCUACACGGACCCCAGCUCCCUGCGCAAGCACAUCAAGGCCCACGGGCACUUCGUGGCGCAGGACCCGCCCCCUGCGGGCGGGCCGGGGGCGGGGCUGAAGGCGGCGCACAGCAAGGAGGCGGAGCUCCCCUACGUCAGCGGGGCCCACAUCAUCAUCCCGGGGGCGGCGGCGGCGGCGGCGGCGGCGGCCGUCCUGGGGGGCCGCGCCCUGCCCCUGUCGCCCCUCAGCCCGCGGCCCCUGGACCUGAGCGCGCUGGGCUGUCCCGGCUCCCCGCCGCCCCCCGUCCUGUCGUUCGGGGCGUCCCAGCUGGGGCUGCCGCCGGGGUUCCCCUCCGCCGCGCUGGGGAUGCCCAUGGUGUCGCUGCUGGGCCCGGAGCGCCGCGCCGCCGCACGCAAGGGCGGGGCCAAGGGGGAGGGGCAGGGCGGCGAGGACGCGCUCCUGGGGGGCCUCCCCGGGGCCGUCCUGAACCUCUCAGCAGGGGUGGGCCACGACCCCCUCUCCCCCGGCUGGGUGGUCAUCCCCCCGGGGUCCCUGCUGCUGAAGCCAGCUGUGGUCAACUGACACGCACAUUCCAGAGCG